AUGGACACCCAAACGGAGUCUAACAACCCCUUCCGUCGGAAGAAACCCAAUUCAGUCGUGGUUGACCGUGCUGCUUCUGACAUCGACGAGAAACAUGGCGGCGAUACUUUACCUGGAGAACUCAUCUCCGCCGGAUCUCAGCAUCUGCACCGCAAAAUUGGAGGUAAAGAGCUACAGCUCUUUGCUGUAGGAGGUGCAAUUGGCACAUCUCUCUUUGUGCAGAUGGGAGCUGUCCUACCCAAGGGCGGUCCUGCAGGUCUCUUGCUUGGCUUUAUAGUAUAUGGGACAAUCAUCUUUUCAACUAAUCAGUGCUUUGCGGAGAUGGUUACCUACAUGCCUAUACCAUCACCCUUCGUCCGACUUUCUGGAUUUUGGGUUGAUGAUGCCCUGAGCUUUGCUAUGGGGUGGAACUACUUCUUUCUUAUGGCUUUCAGUGUCCCAUAUGAGAUUACUGCCAUCAACGUUCUUCUCACGUACUGGACCGACAAAAUCCCUGUGGCUGCAGUGGUGAUGGUUUGCUUGGUAAUUUACGCGGUGCUCAAUGGACUUACAGUGCGAUUCUUCGCAAUUUCUGAGUUCUACAUGUCCAUGUUCAAAAUUUUCCUGAUGAUCGGCCUAAUGAUGUAUACAUUUAUUACAAUGGUCGGCGGUAAUCCACGCGGCGACGUUUACGGCUUUCGCUACUGGAAAAACCCUGGAUCAUUCGUCGAGUAUCUUGUUCCUGGAGACCUUGGUCGCUUUUGUGGGCUGCUAUCCUGCAUGAUUCAAGGCUCAUUCACCAUGGUGGGGCCGGAAUAUAUAGGCAUGGCUGCGGGAGAGGCAGAGAAUCCUCGCAAGAUUCUACGAAGGGCAUAUUCUUCCUUCGUGUAUCGCCUCAUGUUCUUCUUUAUCGGCGGCGCACUCUGCAUUGGAAUUGUCAUUCCAUAUGACGAUCAACUUCUUGCCGACACAAUUGUAGGGAAACGGGAAGGAAGCGGAACCGGAGCUGCCUCCCCCUACGUUAUUUCCAUGGUCAAGUUCGGAAUUAAGGGCGUUCCUGACCUAGUUAACGCCUUGAUUAUGACUUCUGUCCUCUCUUGCGGCAAUAACGUCGUUUUUUCUGCUGCACGCACUCUCCAUGGGCUAUCACUUGAAGGCAAGGCUCCUGCCUUCUUCUCAACGUGCAGCAAGCGUGGGCUACCGUACUAUUCAGUUGUUGUAGCACUUGCAUUCUGUCUCCUUGCCCUCCUGCAACUCAACGAAUCGUCCGCGACAGUUCUCAGCUGGUUUGUUGGAAUCUGCACAGCCUCGUACCUUCUCAACUACUUCGGAACUAUCAUUACGUACCUACACUUUUAUGCGGCACUCCGUCGUCAGGGCAUUGACAGAACCACCCUCCCCUAUAAAGGCCUGUUUCAGCCGUACACCGCAUGGUACGCUCUGUUCGGUACCACAAUCAUGACACUCAUUUUGGGGUACAAUCUCUUUAUCCACGGGAAUUGGGAUAUCACUGCAUUCUUUACGAACUACACGAUGGUUGGCUUCUUUAUUGUUGCCUUUGUAUUCUGGAAGGUAUUUAAGCGGACAGAGUAUGUUUGGCCUGGCACAGCAGAUAUCUGUCUCGGCAAUAUUAAGGACGAUAUUGAUCUGUACGAGACUCUCUACGAGCCAAAGCAAAGGGGGAAGGUCUCUGCUUAUCUGAACGGCUUUUUCGAGUAAUUCAAUGCUUUCCUGCAUAUUUUGGCGAUUGGCUAGUUUGGGAAUUUGAGGCUUGGGAAUUUUCUUUCUUUAGCUUUUUCGAAAUUUAGUUAGCAAAUUGGAACUGUUGAUAGCGCGAUCGCUCUCUGCAGGUUAGUUUAGCAUAAAUCAAGAAUUGUUCUCUUCUCAUCUCAA